AUCAAAUGGAGCUUAAUAGGUCUGAGGGUAAAGGAAUCAAAUUAAAUUUGUUCUGACAGAUUACAUUUUACCAGAAUUCUUCAAACAUGGCCACCAAGAAAAGAGUCAUCCGAAUCAUUGAAUGGGAUGACAUGGACAAGCGAAAGUUCUUUGGGUUUGGUGCCAUGCUGUCAUUUGCUGUUCGGACUUCAGUCUAUCCUUCCCAUCUCAUCAAGACCAGACUUCAAAUGCAGCAUCAAAACAGCCUCUACAAAGGGACAUGGGAUGCAUUAAAGAAAAUCAUCAAAUAUGAAGGGGUCAGAGGAUUAUACAAGGGUUUUGCUGUGAAUCUUGUAUCUAUAGGUUCAGAGCAAAUGUACAUUCUUAGCUAUGAGAUGAUGCGAAAGGCUUGUGAGAAUAUGGACAACACCCCUCGUACUUUCAUAGCUGGUGGAUUUGCCUCUCUGGUUUCACAGACAAUACGGGUGCCUGUUGAUGUUCUCUCCCAGAAGACUAUGAUGCUGGGACUAGCAGUUGAUGCAAAGACAGUAACCAAACCCGUAAGGUUCAAUGAUGUUUUUAAACUUGCCCAAGAAACGUACCAUAAUCAUGGGUUCUUUGGAUUCUACAGAGGAUAUGUUGCUUCCCUAUUGACAUUUGUUCCUAACAGUGCUCUUUGGUGGACAUUCUAUCACAACUAUACAGAACUAAUUGCCUCCUUCCUGAAUACCAGUCUUCAACUCCAAGUGCCUACUCUAGCUAUUCAGGCAGUCUCAGGGUCCUGUGCAGGAUGCAGUGCAGCAUUUAUCACAAACCCUAUGGAUACUGUUCGCACAAGAUUACAGGUCACUGGUCAGAAGUCCAUCACUAAGACGUUUCGCCAACUGCUUGCAGAUGAAGGCAUGGGGGGACUGACCAAAGGAUUGACAGCACGACUCCUGUCUACCAUCCCGACCAGUCUCAUCAUUGUACUAGGCUAUGAGACCAUCAAGAGGUUUAGUUUACGGAAAGAACUCAUGGACAGUAUCCAAUGGUGACAUUAGUUUUGGGUUUGUAGGUAGUUACAAUAUGAUUAUAGACUCUUACAUGUAUAAUAAUGGAAUAUUUUAUGAAAUAUGUAUUUUUUUAAGUCCUAUGAUUUAAUACAUGCAUGUACUUGUAUGUCAUUCUGUCAGGCUCCCUGUGUGUGGUUGUACUUUGUGAAUUGAGGUUUUUUCUGUUUCUGAUUUCUUUACUACCGUAAUAAAUGCUUGAGUAUAUAGAUGAUUGAACACUUCAACAUUACAAACAAAGAAUUAUGGAUAUCAAUUAUAAGAAAAUGUAUUGCAACUUGUGUCUGCACCUGAAUUUUAACCAUAUGGCUAUGAAGAUUUUUUUUUUUUUUGGGGGGGGGGUACUGAAUAACCAAUUUUGUCUUUUAAUAUGUUUCAUUUUUUUUCACCAUUAUUUUUAUGAAUUUUUGUUCCACAUCUAGUGCAUAUUUUGAACACAAUGAUUUUGCAGUUCCAGAGCUGUUCCCUUUGAUUUGUGUUAAGAUGUUCUUGUAGGGAAUGUUUCCAAGUACAUUUUCCCCAAACCCUGUUUCUCAGCACAGGUCUAGAAUUUAAAUUUUCGUUGGGCAGUGCCCCCUUUCUCUAGUUCACAUUAAAGUACAGUGGAAAAUUUAAAAAGCUGUACAGAGAAAAUCAAAGGCCAAUGUAAAGGAUGCUAUCAGUUGUCCUGGAUAAAUGUCAGCCCUAACAUCAGCUCUAACAUUGCAGGAUUAUGUUUUUGAAUAAAGUUGCAUAUACAUGUAAAACAAACUAUUUUACAAAAUAAAGUAUAACAUAGGAAAUUAUAAAACAGGUUCAAGGAUGUAGCCAACAGUGAGUGCGUAUACAAGUCACAUUUUCAUGCUUUUACCCUAAUAAUACGGGGAGGGGGGGCGGGGCUGAUUCACUCCCUCAACUUUUUUUUUGCAAUAAUUCCGCCGCACAAAUUUCUUGACCAUGUUGCUCACUAACUUUCAUCAUUUGUAUAUUAUAAGCAAAGACAUAUAAAUUGAAAUCAGAAUUUACCCCCAAAUUUGAAUAUAUGCAGUCAUUGGUUUGAAUAAAAGAUAUGACAAUAUUAUUUACAAUUAAAAAACAUGAUUGCUGAAAGGUGCAUGUACUCGUAAUACCUCAUUAUUAACAAUGAAGAACUCUUGAAUGAAAAUAAGCACAGAAAUUAGAAUCAAUGUAUUUUGAUUUCAUGAGAAAUUUGCAUAUGCAUUUAAGUAAUCAUGCAUUUGCAUUAUUACUUAUGCAUAAUUUGAAAAUGAGGCAGGGUAUCAUGAAUCUGUAGAUGCUGUAUUGUAUAUUCUGUGUUAUUCGGUAGAUUGAUAGCUGAGAUCUUAGGAUGGGGGGGGGGGGGGGGAGGGGGAGAAUUCGUAGUUGUGGGCUAUGUCAUUAUUCUAUUUAGGUGUCAAAAUAACCAAUUCUUUUUAGCGUUCAUUUUUUUUAGUCUCCUUUCCCCCUCAGAGAGAGUUUUGAAUGAUUGUAAGAUGAUGCUGAUAUUGGUUCCAGUAAUAAAUACAUGCAUCUACUGCCUAUUGUCCCUUGUUAAGUCGAUGAGAAACAUAUAUUGCCAGUGGCUAUGAUAUUGUUACAUAUUUUAAACAUUAGUUUUGAUUUAAUUAAGUAAUUCAGUAAACCUGUUUUAAGUUCCUACAUAUGUAGUCAUUUUAUCAUAAACCUGUACAUUUAUUUUACUGUGAAUAUAUAUCUUUGUACGUAUCUUUUCAAAAUUAUGUCUGUUUAUAUAAAGCAAUGUAAUCCUCUUCAUUGUGAGAGCGUACAAAAAGAAAAUAGCUGUAGAAUUUGUACAAUUUUUUUUGUUAACUUUCAAGAUAUAUUUCUUAUUCAUCACCUCAUCCCAACUGUUAUGAUAGUGCUGCAGUAAUGUAUGGAAUGUAAUUUAUUCCACCUAUAAUUGUCAUGUCCUAUCACAAUAAAUAGUAAUUGCUCCAUUUGAAAAAAAAACAUAAUUGUCAUACAGCCAGUUGCCUGGUUACUCAACAUUCAUUUUGAUUUCUCAACAACAACUCUCCUGGUUGGAUUUUUUGUAUAAGUUUAACAUACCUUAUUAGAUGAUAAUAUGGAGUAAAGUAACUUUAACCUCUUUUGUGUCAUAGUGGAAUAAGGCCAAAACACAAAGGGGAUCAGACUCCAGUAAGAACAUAGAUCAUACAGUCCAUUCAUGUACAUGUACCAUGUGUUAUAGCUCAUGCAGGCAACAAGAGCUUCGCAGAGUAGUAAUGGUCUCACCAAGGUUUUGACAUUUGACCUGUCCAUUAUGGCUAUAAUCAUGUGAUAAAAUGAAUAUCAAUAAAAUUGGAUACCACUAAUUAUUUUAGAGUUAAACAUAUGCAAAAUAUUGACAUUGCAAAAAUCAUAUGCAGUCACAAUAUUGGACAUGGAUUGUUCCCAUCAACAAAGCCUCAGUCUGCAACAAAAUAAUAAUACAUCAAAAUCUUUCAACAAAAAUAUUCUUAAUAAAAAGUACCAGUACCAAAAUCCAGAGAUUGCAGCAUUUUUGUAUUUCAUAAUGUGUAUGGGUCUCAGG